AUGGAUUCUAAUACGUCAGGCCAAUCCUCUAAGCUUUAUUUAUCUAUACUUGAAACAUUCCCCAAUCGAUUGGAUGUCUGCAACCUGACAAAAACUGAUUUUUAUCUAGUAAGCAGCCAGGAGGAAAUCAGGGUUUACGGAAUAGCCAAUUCAGAAAAAUUGUGGACAAAAUAUGUCCUCAAUAGCAGCUUCAGUAAAUCAGCUUCGACUACUAGAGCAAGAGUAGACCCGGCCCGUCGAUUGCGCGACAAGCUAUACAACUGGAGCAAGUGGAUUGAAUCAAGGAGGAUGAAGCGUCUGGGUUACACCCAGAUGGAACCCAAUGACGAAUUGACAAGUGACGACCUGCGGGUGAACUAUGAAACGGUGGAGCUUGCAAUCAACUUUCACAUUGUAUCCAUGGUUAUGAAAAGCUACCAUUAUUUCUGGUCAGUGGUCAAUCCAAUGGCCAUAUUUCAAACUGCACAAAGUUUCCCUAAGUCCGUUGAUGCUGCGAUAGAAAAAUUCUUCAGCAGUGACGUAGAGGGACUUGAAAGGUUGAAAGCAUUUUGUGCGGGUGUUCAUUCAGACCUUAAUCAAGAAGAAGGCUUCUAUCAAAUCCUUGCAAAAAUAAUCCCUGAACCUUACCGAAUUGCAAAUUAUUCUUUCAAAGUCUUGAAUGCUUGGAUUGAUACUUGCAGGCGAGAAUACAUUUUGAUGUCUGAGUUAAUUGCGGUUUGCCUCGACGUAGGACCCACCAUGGCGGCACAGGACCGUCUUUUUUGGGAACAGCUGGAAAUGCUUGCUGCGAGAGAAAAUUUCCAACCCUUGCUAUUUUCUUACAAAGAGCUUUGCAAAUUCUUAGAGAAGGGGCUGCCCAUCGAUAGGCUGUUCGAAUACUAUCAGCUAAUCAAAAAGAUUACUGGUGAGAUGAAAAGAUUUGGCGAUGAUCAAACUCGGGCUUGCAUGAACGCCAAAGUACUUCAACUUCAAGGACACGAUGUCUCAACUGACCCAUCCUUAAGGAAAUAUGUAAAAAUGGAUGGCAAGGAAAUAGCAACCAGAGUCUUGCGAGAUAAACUCAACCUGCUGAUGAAUUAUGCGGAAGAACUUCAUCACCAAAGAACUUUUCAACCUGCGAAAGGACUGUAUAGCCUGCAGCCUCGCGCCAAUCCAACGCAGCUAACCAACAUAAAACUUCUUCUCUUGGACUUAUUGUCGCCAGACAACGUCAUUUCACCCGAGCGAGUGACACUCCAGAUUUCCUAUGAAGUCUUCCGCUCAAAUUUACCGUAUGUCAUCAAACACAAGAUAUGUUUAUUUGGAAGAUUCUUGGAAGACGGAGUAGAGGCAGCACGUAGGAAAACUUCAGAAAUCCAACGCAAAACACACGAAAACUGGGAUCGUGAAUUGGCGGCAGCAUUGCACGACGUGAGGUCGGCAGAUCCCAUGUCUUAUGUGGAAAUCAAAACGAGACUCAAAGAUGCGAGGACCACAAUUGAGGAAUCGGAAGCAAAUCUUUCCGAACUUGAUCCCGACCAGAUGAAAACGCGUAUUAAAGAAUAUAAUGCAUCAGUCAAGGAAGCCCUCCGGUUGUUUCACCUUCAUAACCAUCCCCAGAGUAUGAUUCACCUUCAAUAUAGUUCAGCGAUCCGGAAAGCCAUGAGAAACGCAACGGAAAGAGAAUUUUCAACUAUGUCUACAGGAGCCGCCGCUACCUUGAUAGGUCUUCUAAGGCGUAUUCACAGAUUUGUCCAAAAUUUUCCCGUACUUGAUAGAAUCUAUUAUGCCAUGAUCAUGACCCCGCAUCAGGAAAGAAAGGAUCUUGUGAAGAAGGUCAGAGAGAGACUCUUAGAAUCCGAAAAGGCCAAAUCCGAAACGGUUGAGAAGAUGCCAAGCAAGGAGAUCUGGACCGUGAACAAAUUGCUAGACUUGAUUGAUAAAAAAAAACAGAACGAUGGUUACCCUGUGUGGAAGGAAGAAGUUUUACCCGGAUUUUUAUACUUACCAACCUACUUAGUGUCGAUAUUGGGGGAUAUUUUUGCCGAUUGUUCUCGGAGCCUUGUGCUGCAAAAGCACAUUCGCCUUAGCGAACUAGUGGAAGGCCACUUGAACCAAGAGUUACACAACGAACUUCGAGAUGACUUGCUUUCGGAUGAGACAAAAGAAGAAUUCAAAGGAUUUUUGCAAGAUUUGGCUGAAAAACAUGUCCGAGUAGUUCAAGAAAAACAUAUUGUAGAUUUGAUGGGAAAGAGCCCUCUAGAGCACAGGUUGCUCAUGACCAGCCGAAGCUUGCAACCGCACAAUUCUGGUCCAUCAAGUAGUUGA